AUGGAGGAAAAAACAUCGACAUAUAUGACCGUUUUGAAGGGGGAUCGGUUUCAUGCAAAAUCUUUUCAUUUAUAUCAUCCAAAAAGACAAAUUCUGUAUAUUAUUGUUUAUGAUAUGGGAUCAUUUGGUGCGAAGGUAUUUAGAACCAAGGCUCAACAGCUAGAAUACGACAGGACCCUUACUGGGAGAUACCAAAAGGGCAUGAAGAAAAAACCGUUCUUGUAUUUUGGCCUACCAUUUUUAUUUUUGAUGGGUAUUGGAUCGGUUGCUCUCAGUAACUUCACUGCUAUUAGAUAUGAACGUCGCGAUAGAAAAGUCCAAGAAGUUGGCGAAGAAGAGAAUUUGAACCUUGCUAAAAACAGAAGAAAAGUGGACGUCAAGGAGGAAUAUUACAGAUUGCAGCACAUGGCUGAAGAAGAUUGGGAACCUGUAAGGGUUCCUAGAUUGAAAGGUGAAUCAGAGAAUGUAUUUUAG